AUGGGCAUAGAACGCCGUAUUCUUCUAACGUUUAUACUGGUUGUUGCUGCGGGUGCCGUUGAGGACACAACGUUGCCUUCAAUACCCCUCAAAAUAAUAAUCAUACUUGCACCGACCAGAUGCAUUCCCGAAACUCUGCUUUUUAAUUAUUCUGCCAGUAUUUAUCAGCCAUUGGAGUAUCUUCAUACCCAAGUGCCCAACUGGAACAUCGAUAUCACAGUCUACGUCCAAAACCUACGUAUUCCGGGAUGUUUUCUUCAAGAGGACAAUCGGGCUUUCAUUCUGGUUAAAACACUCAACGAAAUAGUUGAAGAAUUGGAGAAUUCGACGGGCUUUUGCGUUAUUUUAGGGCCAACUCUGGGCGGCGAAUGUCCAUUCGUCAGCAGCUGGAUAGCAACUUCCGGGUUCAGUGACAUUUCCUAUCACAGUCUCUACCAACUCAAUUAUGCAUGCCGUCCGGAAACGCAACACAGCCUCUUUACGGACGUAGUUAAGAAAGGGACAGCACGUUUGAAGUCUUCGAAUCCGUUGGAAGUUUGUGCUCUUUCCCUGCCUUUGAGGAUCCAAACGCUAGUAAGAACCCUGGGAACGUUUCUGCGAUACAACGGUUGGUCCCGACUGUCCAUUUUUUAUGAGGUCAGCUCAAAGGAGACUUCCUAUAUGGCUUUGGGGCAGAAUCUGCGGAGACUACUCUUGAAUGCAACCAGCAGUGGCCUGUCGCACAUUGAAGUCCUGCAGCACGGUAGUCUGUACGAAGACCCACGCACGAAGACAUACGAAUUGCCAAUCUUGGUUGACCAGAUACAAGGUAAGUGA